CGCUCUCUGCGUCAGGGGUGGAAGAUGGAGCCUGGGCUGAGCUUCGCAGCGCGGCUGGGAUUAUGGACUAAGAACAUGUCAGACAUAGCCAAGGAUAAGGCAGCACGUCUGUUAAAGAAAAGAGGCAGCAUAUCCUCUGUAAGCAGCCAUGAAGUCAAAGCAAAAGAAAUCCUUGGAAAAAACAAAGACUCCAUGAGCACAGUAUCUUAUAUGGAUGAACCUGGUCAUGAUAUUCCUCGUCUUGCUGUUCAGUUGGAGAACACUUAUCAGCUGGGUCCUGCAAAACGUUUUCCAGUGGUCACAGUAAAUAAUAUUUUGAAGGAUGUGCUGACUAGUUAUCUUCAACAAGAAAAAUAUGAAGCAGAACUAUGCAGACAAAUGACAAAGACCAUCUCUGAGGUUAUUAAGGCUCGGGUAAAAGACCUUAUGAUACCAAGGUACAAAAUUAUUGUGAUUGUACAUAUUGGACAACUAAGUGAACAGAGCAUGCAAAUUGGAAGCAGAUGUGUUUGGGAUCCUGCCAGUGAUACAUUGUCAUCAUAUGCUUUCAAAAAUACCUCACUAUUUGCUCUUGCAAAUGUCUAUGCUGUUUAUUUUGAAUAACAAAACGUUCUAGUUUUAUCAGCAGAAGAAAAAUAUCUAACUUAUCAUGUUUAUAUUAGAAAAACUGUUAGAAGACAUAGUCAGUGAACAUACAAUUGUUUUAAAAUGGAGAAAAUAGGCCUUUCAGUGAUAAAUAUAAUAAUCAUGCAAACUUAAACCAUUUUCAACUCUUGCUACUUUCCACAGGAAAUGAUUAAUACUAAUAAGACAUUUUGCACCUGAUUCUUUAAUUGUGUUUCAGAACCACAUAUCACUGUAUUAGCUUGUAUCAUUGUUAUUUGCUCUAAUUAAAUCCUGGACCUCAGUUUCAGUACCAAAGUAAAAGGGCUUUAUGCAUUAGGCCAAUCUGAGAUUUGCAGAAGUUAAAAAAAAUGCUUUCAUUAUGGAGUUAAAAUGUUGAGCAGCUGCACAGCUAUGUCACAAGCUGUGACCAGUAUCCUAAAAGAUUUACAAGUACUAGAUCCAUGCAUUUCAUUGUCUUCAGCCCCUUCCCCCCACCCCCGUGGCAUAAGUGAUGUCCCUGUUCACCCCUUUCUCAUGUGGCAUCUCUGAUUCUGUUUUGAUUAUGGCUGAGAGUCUUCUGCACAUUUUAGUUAUGGAUAUGGCUUAGGCCUCCUCCAAGUCACUGAGGAAGAUCUACCCAUUCCAUGGCAGCGAAGUACCGAGUUAAAAUCCAACACAAACCACAAGAACCUUCUGUCUUCUGGGCUCAAAUUUCAUUCCCCUUCGUUUCACACGGAUCCCAGAUGCAGCUUGCUCUCCCUACCAAGUUUCUGGUAACAAACUGUCCUUCCCAACUGGUCCUCAAUUAAGCUGGCUUUUUACUUUUAAUUGCACCCUCCAAGCCUAACAGCUCUUGCAAGUGAAUCAGGGUGGGGCUAGACCAUCUUUCCUCCUGCUUCUAUUUCCAGUGUUGCAAAGCUGUAGCGCUUCCACUUUUUCUUUUUGCAAUGAGAGAAUUUUGACCCUUGACUAGUAAGAAUUAAGAACCAUGAGGAAAAUCUAGAUAAGUAUCAUGACAGGUAAAACCAGCUGAUUAUGCUGAGAAAUAUUUUAUUGUACUGGAAGCAGCAGUGUGUCUAAUUAGUGGUAUGUAUAUGAAAUUCUGUUUCUAUUUUACUUAAUAAAAUCAAUUAGUUAAAACUGCCCUGUGCAAGAGGUGGAACUAAUGAUUUAAUGUUUUCAGGUAGUUUUAUUUCUUUAUAGUUUCUGGAUUAAAAUGAAAAUCCAAUUUAAAUCCUUAUCAAUCUAAUCUUUUAGGCUAUGUCUACACCACAAACCUCUACCUUUAUAGCUAUAAGAUCUCCUAUAUAUAGUCACUCUGUGCCGGUUGGAGAGAGCUCUCCUGCUAGCAUAAUUAAACCAUCCCCAAUGAGCAAUGUUAGCUACGUCAUCUGGAAAGCGUCUCCUGCAGAUGUCGCUCUGUCAGCACCAGCACUUUUGCUGGUGACAUGUCUGUUAGAUUGUGUUCUUUUUCACACCUCAGACUGACAAAAGUUUACCAACAAGAGUGUAUACAGAACCUCACUUUCUUAAAGGCUUAAAUUGUUAUCUGCUCUGCUCCUAGUUGUUUUUUAUACCUGAAACUAAAUAUUUUGAAAACAGUUGAUAAAUUACCCAGGAAAAGUUGAGAUGACACCAUUUAGAUUAGAGGAGAACACUUUUGUUUAAAUAGCAUAAGAAAUUUGAUCUAAUGCCAGAUGUCAUUUGCUAACCAAACGUGCCAAGUGAUUUUUAAUUGUUCCAUCAGUUGACCACUAAGCAUGAGGUCAUGAUAAAUGCUUAAACCAAAAUAUAUAGAUAUUAGGGGUAUUUGCUCCUUUUGAUUCACUCAUGGAAUCCCAAUUGAUACAAAUUAGAGUUGUGUGCAAAGAUGGAAUUUAUCCCCCAUACAAAACCCUUUAUUACAUUUCUGUGGGCAAGGUUCUGAACUUCUGGUAUUAUAGCAUGCUUGCAUGAUCUACAUCUUUAUUUUGGCUCUAUGGGAACUCUUCCUGAAGACUGCUGGAGAUGCUUCGUCCUGGGGGUAGCUUUACCUCAUUGAGAACAUUGAUUUGGCACACUUCCCAGAAGUUCUCACAAUACCUUCUUACCAGCGAAUACUACCUAUUCUCCUACCUCUCCUCUGACAAGAUCUUAUAAAUGGUAUAUUCUCUGGGUAAAUCUAGACUUUAGUCCUCAACUAUUUUGUUUUUAGUCCUUCCCCUCUCCCCAACAAGUAAAUCCUAUAAGAGUACUUUUGUAUGACUCAUGAGUCUGGACUCCUUUUUAUAUUUUUCUGAAUCAAAGGGAGCAUAGUACAAUCAAUAUCCUUCUUAUUUAUUAUUGGAUGCAUAUAGUAUCAGGGUGGUGCUCUUACAAUGUUCUUUAUGCAGUAUUUGGAAGUCAGCAUGCUGAAGUUUAAAACCUCUAGCUAUUACUGCUAAAUCCCAUAUUUGGUUUUAAAUUGCUAUAAACUCUUUUUUUAUUUAAAGAAAUGUGGAGGAAGGGAGAGAAAAGUAGGAAAAGAAGUUACAGGAAUUAACACUCUUUGAUCCCUGAUAGUGCUAUCUAGAUCCAGGAGAGAUCAUUUGGAUGAAUUCUUUCACAACUGUAGCCCCCAAGUAACUGGGUAAAGACAAUUUAGUUUGAUUUUGCAGGGAUGAGGCUGUGCGAAGAGGUGAGAAAUGGCUUUAAGGUAAUUGGGUCAAUAUUUCAAGUGAUUAAGUCCACCUUCCACACAGCUUACAUUUUGGAUUUGUGUACUUUAGAGUCCUGUUGAUAUAUUGGAUGGGUUAGAUCAUAUUCAUGCCCACAACCCUCCCAUUAUAAACUUUACACAGUAAUUUUCAUGGAAGAUCAAAAUGUGCAAGAUUUCAAGCAGGUCUGUUUGGAUUUUAAAUUUAUACUAGAAAGCAAGUAUUGUGGAACAUGUUUUAAAUUAAUUGACUAAAGCGUCAAAAAUAAAUCUUUCUUGGCAUUUGAGAAACAUAGAGCUGGUUUCCAUUUAUUUUUAUACAUAAUGUGAGUUUAUAGUUAAUGUUCUAACAGAAGUGGCUAUGGUUUAGUAAAAGUCAAAUAGCACAGCAGCAUCUGUAAUGUGAACCAACUGGUUUUAUCUCUUGAUGUUACAUAAACUUAUCUUUAUAGUAUAAAAAUCAUAUACCGCAGUUAUAUUGAACUAUAAAAAAGAAAAAAAUAUUACCCAGAUAUGGCAAGGGAUUCAGUUUUAUCUUGGUAGGAUAGUUCUCUCAUUAUGAGUUAAAGAAAAUGGUUUAUCUGCAAUUCAUAUAUUGUAUUCUUCUGCUUAGAAGUGACCUGUGUGAAGUAGUAGUAUGUCCAGACCUUAACUUUUAAAGCACUGAAAUGACUCAUGGCUUAACCAGCCGAUGUACCUUAC